GUUUGGGCUGUCAUACUGUAAGCAUCGUAAUUGUGUAGCUCCGUAUUAUUGAGUGCUAAAAAAUAAUUUCGUACACUGUUCUUGAGACUGCGACGUCACAAAACACAAAUUGAAGUGUCGUCCGUGUAGUGGAACUACCGAUUUCACACAAUAUCACGUAAGUUCUUGAAUUUCAACAAAAGUAUCUCCAAAAAGUGAUAAUUAGAGGUUAGAAAUCCACCAAUCAUAUUGAGCAUAGACAAAAGAUCAAUGACAUUGACACUUGUCACAGUAACAGCUAACUAGUGUUGCCAGAGCAAGUAAAUAAAAACUACCACUAAUUACGUUCCAUAACACGCAGAUUUAGUUUACAAGAAUGGAGGAUCAGUUUCAACUAUUGUUUGAUAAAAUGAAGAAUGAAAUCUUGAACCAAACAAUAGAAUUGAAAGAUUCGAUAACAAAUAAUAUAAUGGAGAGAUUAGACGAAAAACUUCAACCUAUUAUAACAGAAAAUAGAAACUUAAAAAUAAAAGUAGAAAAUCUCGAAAAGGAAGUAGAAAGUUUAAAAAGAGGAAAGAAGCAAAACAAUUUGAUAAUGUUUGGAGUAAAUGAAGGCGAAAGGUCUACACAAGAAUUAAUACAAAAUACAAUACAUAUUUUCAAAACUGACCUUGACAUACAAUUACAAGAACAUGAGAUAAACAAAAUAUAUCGUCUAGGAAAGGGAAAGUCUUCUGGAAAACCAAGACCAAUUCUGAUUUCCUUUACGAGCGAAUGGAAGAAGAAUGAAGUUAUGGGAAAGAAGAAAAACUUCAAAAAUGUAUAUGUUACAGAAGACUACACAAAGGAAGUAAUAGAGAAAAGGAAAACGUUGCAGGCGCAGCUAAAAGAGGAGAGAGAAAAGGGAAAUAUUGCGUACCUGAAAUUUGACAAACUAGUAGUAAAAGGAAAAAAUACUAACAUAAAUAAGGAAAAGCGCAAAAGAGAAACAUCAUCAUCCCCACAAAACAAUGCUCAACCAAGGAAACAACAAACUCUAAUGCCGCCGAUUAACAAUAGACCAAAUGCUUUCGACGUAAUGAGGAUAAGAGCUAAUUCUCUUUCGUCUCUUCCCGCUAAGACAACAACUAACAAAGAAUAACAAUUAACUGUCGGUAAACGGAAAAAUAAACAGCUCAACAUGAACCAACAUAAAAUAACAAAACAAAAUACUUCCCCAAGCCGACUGGUCAUCGUGGGGAAAAAUGACCACGACCCUCUAAAGGAAAAAAAUAACACUAACAUGAAAAACAAAGUAAAUGACAUCCACAUAGCAACUAUUAACUGUCGAUCUCUUAGAACACCUGAAAAACUCCAAGAACUAGAGCUGGCAAUAGAAGAGUUAAAGUGGGAUAUUAUAGGUAUUAGCGAAAUGCGCAGAUUUGGAGAAGGUAUAGAAAACCAUGGCAAAUACGUACUACAUUAUAAAGGGGAGACGCCCGGGCUGUAUGGAGUUGGAUUCAUAGACUAGAAGAUGGGAGGACGACAUCAAAAAAGUGGCGGGCCCAAUAUGGACGCGCAUAGCGAAAAAUAGAACAGAGUGGAAAUCUUUAGAGGAGGCCUAUGUCGAAAGACAAGCUGAAAUGUAGAAACGACCGUUUACCGAUA